CAUGUGGAGUGAACGUGCGUGCACAUGACAUGUGUCUGCUGAAGUACGGAGCGCUGCGAGGACUCUCCUUAAACCCACAGCAGACCUUCGAGAGGUGAAUGUCCAGUAGGUGGCGCUCUGUAGGGGGAGGAGGUGAUGCAGAGGAUGUGGGCUCCAGUCACGGUGCGGCGUGUGGUCCUGCUGCGCUCCGCGUACUUUGGUCGCACCUGGGAUAAGGGGGAGCUUCCUGUGACCGUCCGGACCUCACGCUACUUCAGAUGCACUAAUGUCAUCCAGACAAAGGAAGGCCUCAAAACGUCCACAGAGGAAGAAACGCAAUUAAACCCUCGGCAGAGUCCAGCUGGGACUGAGGGUCUUUAUAAGGCAGAUUCGGCAUCUGCCCCUCAGAAUAAGGGCGAUGUCGACCCUCUGCAGGACAAGUCUAUCGGGCUCUUUCAGAGAUUUAAAAAGACGUUUAAACAGUAUGGUAAAGUCAUGGUGCCUGUGCACAUCGUCACGUCCACUGUUUGGUUUGGGAGCUUUUAUUAUGCUGCAAUGAAAGGGGUGAAUCUGGUCCCGUUUUUGGAGUUCAUCGGUUUACCGGAUUGGAUGGUGGGAAUUUUGCGGGAUUCCCAGGGUGGUUAUGCACUCACAGCCUAUGCAAUGUAUAAGCUCGCUACUCCUGCACGGUACACGGUUACACUGGGGGGCACCUCCCUGUCUGUACAGUACCUCCGCAAACAUGGACACCUCUCCACCCCUCCGCCUGUCAAAGAGUACCUUCAAGACAAAAUGGGGGAGACCAGGGAACGACUGACUGGAAAAAUGGAGGAGACGAAAGAGAGGUUUUCAGAGAAGAUGGAGGAAACCAAAGAGCGGCUCUCAGAACGAAUGGGGGAGACCAAAGAGCGCUUCUCUGAGAGAAAAGACCAGUUUUCUGAGAAACUGCAGGAGACAAAAGACAAAAUGACUUUUCGUAAGAAAGCCGACUAGGCUGCAUGGCAUUGGGAAGAGAAAUGUCACUAAAACCCAGAAGCCUAGUGUGGAAUGUUUCAGACAAUCAAUAAUUGCUGUCACUAGGUAUUUGGUGUUGACUUAAAGGGAUAGUUCAGCUGAAAUAAUUAACCUUUUAAUAACCAUUAACUCCUGCAAAACAAAAUUUUUGGCCAUUUUUUGGCCAUAUAAUGCAAGUCAGUCAAGUCCAAAUCAACUUUGGACCCUAAUGACUGAAAAAAGUAUUUUGUGUUCAUACAGGUUUAAAAUGACAUGAGGGUGAAUAAAUGACAGAAUUUUCAUUUUUGGGUGAACUAUCCCUUUAAGGAAUGCUCACACACAGGAACCAUCAUCAUGUCGAAAUGGUUUCCAUGCACUUAAAUCUGCAAGUUGAGAAGCAAACUUGAACUAGCAAUAAAACUAGAAUUAUAUUAAGCCAAAAUCAUGUUAAUUGUGUUUGUUUGAAUGUAUUUUACUUAAACUGUUUUAAGUAUUAAAACUAUUUCUACGUGAUUUUUUUUUUUUAAUGUAUGCAUUUGUUAUUUGAGUUGUGCAUAUUGCCUGGUGAUCUAGACUUUACAAUGUCUUGAAUUGCACUGUGUUUAUCGAGUAUCUGGACCGUUUAAACUCAGUGGGUAAUAAAGAUAAUUUAUUAGCCACUUUUUAGCCCAGUCAAAAUGCAUUACUGUACUGAAGAACACUAAUCAACUUAAUAUGCCAGUGUUCAUUGAGAGAGUAAAACUGUUGAUGUGAAAUCAUGUACAGGAUAUUUUUUUUACCUAACGUAAAAAUGUAAUUAUUAGACACAUCAGCAACUGGUACUUUUAGUUUAUUAGUUAACUGCAGUUGGACAACAGCAGAAGUACAAGCAUAAAAGUUUGACUAUAACAGUGAUAAGAGCAACAUGUUUUGAUUACUUUUUCUGAGAGAAAAAAAAA